CAGAAAUCAUUUCCGAGCAAAAUGGAUUGAACAGUGUUAUUGGCAUUUUUAGAGAUUUUGUUUUUUUAGCCUACGUUGGAUUUUACUGAAAGGGCUCGUAGAAAAAACCUUCUCAAAUAUUUACAUUUAGAUUAAAAUAAAAACAUCCCGAGGAAAUGUAAUAUUGUCAGUUGAUAUACUUUUUUAAUUUCAGUGCAAAACAGAGUACCACAAGUGUGAAGGUUCAUUUUAGAGAGCUGCGCGUGCGAAAUAAAUCCACCUUUGAGCUCCAAAAUCGACCUUAUUUUUUGAUGGCAAGACCGAAUAAUGCCUCUUUAGCAUGGCUGUCUUUUCAACUCAUGCCACCCGUGAACCGACAUGGCAUUUAGCCGCGUCUUUUCGGAGCCUCCGUCCAAGAGCAUCUUUAAGACGUUCGCGGUCAUGUUUCUGUCAAUACUCGCAUCUUUAUACUUCAUUCACUAUCUCGCGGACCGAUGCGGGACCUGUAUACCCACCGAGAAGAGACAGACAGGUCCGGUCGAGGGAUCAUACGCCCCCGAAAUAAAAGAUUUUGGCUCGUUGAGGAGAAAGAGUCUUCGUCAGAAAUGGACAAGCACGAGACCUCUGGUGAUGGGACGCGAUAACUUGAUCAGCCGGCGCGAGGAUGUCGACGAGGAGUUACCUGAACUUGAGGGAUAUAAACGGACGGUGCUAAACUCCUUGGAUGCAGAUUUGGAGGCAGGUGGCUCGUAUUUUACCGGUCAAUUAAGUUCGUUGGGCGAAGGCAGUAAGAAGCUUCCUCAGGCGAUCAUCAUCGGCGUGAAGAAGGGCGGGACGCGCGCGCUGCUGGAGUUUCUGCGUGUGCAUCCAGAUAUCCGAGCGGUCGGAGCGGAACCGCACUUCUUCGACCGUAACUAUGACAACGGACUGGACUGGUACAGAGACUUGAUGCCCAAGACCCUAGAGGGCCAGAUCACCAUGGAGAAAACCCCAAGCUACUUUGUGACACGUGAGGCUCCUGCCCGGAUCUACGCCUUGUCCCGUGACACCAAGCUGAUCGUGGUGGUCCGGGACCCUGUCACACGAGCCAUCUCCGACUACACACAGACAUUGUCCAAGAAGCCUGACAUUCCCACCUUUGAGAGCCUGACGUUCAAAAACAGGACUACAGGGUUGAUCGACACCUCGUGGAGCGCCAUUCAGAUCGGCAUCUACGCCAAGCACCUGGACAACUGGCUGCAGUAUUUCCCAAUGGGACAGAUUUUGUUUGUCAGCGGAGAGCGUCUGAUCACCGACCCGGCCGGAGAGUUGGGCCGCGUGCAGGACUUCCUGGGCCUGAAAAGAAUCAUCACAGACAAACACUUUUACUUCAAUCAGACAAAGGGCUUCCCUUGUCUUAAGAAGGCCGAGGGCAGCAGCAAACCCCAUUGCCUGGGCAAAACCAAAGGGCGGACCCACCCAAACAUUGACCCUGAGGUGGUGCAGAGACUUAGAGACUUCUACAGACCUUUUAACAUGAAAUUCUAUCAGAUGACUGGCAGGACGUUUGGAUGGGAUGAUUGACAAGUCAUUACAAUUACAUUUACAUUUAGGCAUUUGGCAGAUGCUUUUAUCCAAGACGACUUACAUUGCUUUAUCCUAUAAAUUUACAUAGGUUUUUGCAAUCCCCUGGGAUCGAACCCACAACCUUGUGUUGUUAACGCAAUGCUCUUACCACUGAGCUACAGGAAAGUCAUGAUGAACAAUAGUAAGCCACUGACUGUUUGAAAGACUUAGAAUUAAAAGCAGUCUUAUCUUUGCACCUACAAGGGAGAUACAACCUCAAUGUGACCUCACCAGCUACACGAACAUAUACCAUCUCACCAUAACACUUACAGUCUUUGCAAAAACCCCAAAGUGGUUUUAUGUGGCUAUUGUGAAACUUUUAGAUCAAUGUACUGUAGAGAAAAUGCUAAAGAGAUUUGAAGUGUUUUUCUCCUGGAACUAUGCAUCAUCUCUCAUAGGGACUGGGAACCAUCCACUGCUGGCUGUCUGAGAUUGGAGAGCAAACCUUCUGCCAUACUUAAUGUAGCUGCUUACAUACUUUUGCAAUCAUUCUAUAAAGGUAAAUACAUGUAUUUUGUAAAGUUAUUUAUUUAUAAACAUGUGAACAUAUACAGUUGACCUAUUUUGAAUAAUCUUACCUAGUCUCUCUCUUCACUUUCGUGUGUGAAAGAAGGGGCCAUUUCUUAUAAAGCAAUGCCUUUUGUAAAACAUUCAUGUGGUCUACAUUUAAAAUGUAAAUGCACCUGGUUGUUUUUUUUAUUUUACAAUUCAUUUUUUUCUAUUAUAAAUAUUUUGGUUGGAAAAGAUGGCAAAGUCAUUUGUAGAGUAUCUCAAAAGUCAAUAAAUCAAGGAAUAUGGCCUGC